AUGUCUGGCUCCUACGAUGAAACUGCGGGUGCUGACGACACCAUGGACAGCUUCUGGGAGGUGGGAAACUACAAGCGUGCUGUCAAGAGAUUCGAUGAUGGCCAUCGGCUCUGCAAUGACCUUAUGGGCUGCCUGCAGGAACGUGCCAAGAUAGAAAAAGCCUACGGUGACCAGCUGACUGCCUGGUCCAAGAGGUGGAGACAGCUCAUUGAGAAAGGCCCACAGUACGGCUCUGUGGAGAGAGCCUGGUUGGCUGUGAUGACCGAAGCAGAGAAGGUGAGUGAGCUGCACCAAGAUGUGAAGAACAACCUGACGAACGAUGACGUUGAGAAAGUGAAGAACUGGCAGAAGGAAGCAUAUCACAAGCAGAUGAUUGGCGGUUUCAAGGAGGCCAAGGAGGCGGAGGAAGGCUUCAAGAAGGCUCAGAAACCGUGGGCCAAAAAGCUCAAGGAGAUGGAGACCGCCAAGAAAUCAUACCACAUGGCCUGCAAGGAGGAGAAGCUGGCUGUAGCCCGAGAGGCCAACGGCAAGACUGAGGCUUCUGUUACUCCAGACCAGCAGAAGAAACUCCACGAGAAAGUGGACAAAUGCAAACAGGAUUCGCAGAAGGCUAAAGAGAAGUAUGAGAAGUCUCUGGAGGAGCUGAACAAGUGCACUCCGCAGUACAUGGAGUGCAUGGAGCAGGUGUUUGACCAGUGCCAGCAGCAUGAAGUCAAGAGGCUGACCUUCCUCAAGGAGGCCUUGCUGGACAUCAAACGCCAUCUUAACCUCACUGAGAACCAAAGCUAUUCCACAAUAUACAGAGAACUGGAGCGCACGGUCCUGGGUGCAAACACACAAGAGGACUUGAAGUGGUUCAGCAACAACCACGGCCCUGGGAUGCAUAUGAACUGGCCUGCGUUUGAGGAAUACAACCCAGAUCAGGCCAGUGCUCCUCCAAAGAAGAAGAAACCAGACGGAGCCCCACCCACCCCGAGCACCGACCAUGUGGCUCCACCUGGUGACCGUAGCAGCGUGAGCAGCUAUGAAAAGAACCAAGCUUACUCAACUGAGUGGUCUGAUGAUGAGCAGCCCGCUACAUACUCUGGCAAUGAAAACGGUGGAAAUGGGAACUCAUUUGAAGAUGAUUCUAGCACUGGGAAAGGGGUCCGCGUGCGAGCUCUCUAUGACUAUGAAGGCCAGGAACAGGAUGAACUCACCUUCAAAGCAGGUGAUGAACUGACCAAGACUGAGGAUGAAGAUGAGCAAGGCUGGUGUAGAGGUCGUUUGGACACCGGCCGAGAGGGACUGUACCCGGCCAAUUAUGUUGAGCCAAUCUAGUCACGUUACUGGACAAGGACACGCCAUUGGAGACAGCUUGAACUGUCCCGUCCAAUUGCACCGCACAUAGCCAGAGACUUAAGAGCAACACAUCCCUUGCCCAACAGAUGCGCCAAGCAGUCUUGCCUAAAUAAAAACUUAGUAACCUAAAAGACAAUAUAUCAGUAUAAUAUAUUUUAUCCAGCAUUUGGGGUGGGUGGACUUACACAUUUAAAAACAGGAG